CUUGGUGAAGAGAGAUUCAGACUAACUGCCGUGACAGCACAGGCACUCUCUCACUGGACCUCAUCUGAGCCAACCACACCUCCACUGACCACUAUCUGUGGUCUGGCCCCCUUUGUCCAGGAAGAGAAAGAAGAUUUUUGAGGACUGGCCACAGCCUAGUCAGACUGAAGAAAUGUCAACAAUUGGGAGUUUUGAAGGAUUCCAGCCUGUGUCUCUGAAGCAAGAGGGAGAAGACCAGCCCUUAGAGACUGAUCACUUAUCCACAGAACCGGGGGACCCAGGCAAGGACCCAGUGCCCAAGAAGAUUUCAAGGCAGUCAAGUGUGACUGAAUCAACACUUUACCCUAAUCCUUAUCACCAGCCUUACAUCUCCCGGAAGUACUUCGUUACUCGGCCAGGGACCAUUGAGACUGCAAUGGAAGACUUGAAAGGACACAUAACUGAGACUUCUGGAGAGACCAUUCAAGGCUUCUGGCUCUUGACAAAGAUAGACCACUGGAACAAUGAGACGGAGAGGAUUUUGCUGGUCACAGACAAGACUCUCUUAAUCUGCAAAUAUGACUUCAUCAUGCUCAGCUGUGUGCAGCUGCAGCAGAUUCCCCUGAGUGCCAUCUAUCGCAUCUGCAUGGGCAAGUUUGCCUUUCCUGGGUUGUCAAUGGACAAGAGACAAGGAGAAGGUCUUAGGAUCUACUGGGGAAGUCCAGAGGAUCAGUCCCUUCUAUCCCGCUGGAACCCAUGGUCCACUGAGGUUCCUUAUGCUACAUUCACUGAGCACCCUAUGAAAUAUACCAGUGAGAAGUUUCUCGAAAUUUGCAAGUUGUCUGGGUUCACGUCUAAGCUUGUUCCAGCCAUCCAGAAUGCCCACAAGAAUUCCACUGGAUCUGGAAGAGGAAAAAAACUGGCGGUGUUAACUGAACCCAUUUUGAUUGAGACCUAUACAGGGCUGAUGUCAUUCAUUGGAAACCGCAACAAACUUGGCUAUUCCCUUGCCCGUGGGAGUGUUGGUUUUUGAGAGUCUUGUUGGUACCAUAAGUAUAUCAUUAUUAUAGGUCAAUAUUGAAGAUUCUGUAAGCCCACCCCCUAUUUUUGGACUGAAACAAUUAAGUGCUUUUAAAUAGUACUACAUUCUUUUAAAUAUGUAGUAUUUUAGGAAAUCUAAAAACUUGAUUGGGCUGAUUGAUGCACACUUUAGACCUCAUAUAAGAAUAAAUCAAAUUUUCUUAAAACCAACAAAGAAAUGCUGCUAAGCCCAUCAAA